AUGGCUAUGGACAUUGUGAUGCUUUCAUUAAGAACUUCAAAAGGGUUGAAUUUGAAGAGUUUUGGAGAUGAUUUUGGGAGUGAGGUUGUUGUGGAGCUGUGUAAGGUGUAUGAGCCUUAUAUGAGGAGUGGGCAUGUGGUGUUUUUGGAUGAUGAAAGAAGAGAGAUUAAAGAAGAUGAGUUUAGUUCUUUGGUUUUAGAUGAUGAAAAGUUGGAAAAUGAGAUUGGAUUUAUUCGGUUAAGUGAUCCGGAUGGUUUUCUUUUGUCAAAUGAACUGAUAUCACUUGCAUUUGGGGUUAUUGAUCCAUGA